CUGCAGCGACGUGACGCCCCCGACCAGCAGGCGGCGCUAAUUCUUCACAACGCCUCCAAAUCUUCAGGAAGACAACACGGAAGGCGCACUGUACUGGAAGCGAAUCAGGAAACAUGUCGAGACUGCUGGGAGACGGCCACCGGAGGUUUCUACAGACCCUGAUGGCCGUUGGCAUCACUGACGAGCAAGAAGCAAGGGCACUUUAUCAGCACUGCUGUGACACACACAAGAUGCAGUGUAUUCCUGACAAACUGGAUGAGUUUAUUGAAGCCAUCAACUCCAGGCUGCAGCCCAUGUUCAUGCAGAUCAGAAAAGGCAUGUCUGAGGAAAAUGGCCAUCAGUACUAUGCCUUGGUCAACAUGGCGGAAACCGAUAUCACCAGGAUGACGUCAGAUUACGCCGACAACGAACUGGAGCUGUUCAGGAAAACGCUGGACCUAAUUGUUAGCUCUGAGAACGGGUCGGCCUCCUCCACAGACAUUCUGAACAGCACCGACACCAUGACCUCUAAAAAACUGAAGAAGAGUGAAACGGAGCACCUUCUGACUCGGCUGGUGCAGGACAAGUGGCUUUGCGAGAGACGUGGGGAGUACACUCUGUCCACUCGAUGCAUCAUAGAGAUGGAGCCGUAUAUUCGCACAAUGUAUCAAGACCAGGUCAAAGUGUGUCACAUCUGUCACAACAUCGCCUUUCAGUGCCAGAUUUGUGAGAAUCCCUCCUGUGGAAUAAAAAUCCACAACCCGUGCGUUGCCAGAUAUUUCAAAGGAAGAGUGGAGCCACGCUGUCCAGCUUGUGACGACUUUUGGCCGCAUGAAAUCCCCGAAGUAAGAGGGCUCCGUUCUCAGUCCAAGAGAUGAGUUCAACGUUGUUGUUUUUGUUUUUAACAAAAUGUUGUUA